AUGCUGCCUCCGAAUCUCGUCUCUCUGGAAUUGGUGGGGUGCGCCGGGAACGCGCUUCCCUCAUUUGCAGGCAUGUUUCUUGCUUUGUUAAAAAGCAUCCGGGAGGGCCGGUUCCAAGACCUGAGGCGCAUAAAGUUCCAACCUGGAAGCGUCCCUAAAAUUGUCGCAGAGACGUACUUUGAUGAUCUUGCCCUGGCGGAAAAGUACGCCGAGCUUGGGGUUGCGUUCACUUAUCAACCUCCGAUCUUUGAAUAUUCGUCAUUGACUUCAGCCAUCGACCGGCUCUGGGAGCGUGGAAGAACCAUGGAUCACUCUUUCCUUGAAAUCUCUGGCAUGUCCAAUUGCGGACCAUUUGACGGGGCGUUGCCUAUGCCCCUUCCAGACGAUGACGUGGAUGAUGACUUGUGA